CAUUCAUUGGAAGGCAACUAUUUGAACAUACAAAAAACAUAGAAAAACCCCACCAUUACCAAACUAGAUUCCCAUAAGAUUAACCAUAAAAAUAAAGUAUCUAAAUUAAAGUAAAUUAGCCGAAAACAGCAAAAUAAUGGAUUCACAAGCAGACAGUGAUUGGGAAUUUGAUGAUGUCGACGAUGAAAAGGACGUCAUAUUUACCAAGGCAACACAACAGGUGCAAAAGACCCAUGACAAAAUUGUUCCCAAUGAUUUGUUGCAGUUAUAUGGUCUCUUCAAACAAGCUACCGUAGGAGAAUGUAACGCCUCGAAACCAAACAUUUUCAAUAUGCAGGCCCGAGCAAAAUGGUCGGCAUGGCAAGAAUUAGGUUCUAUGUCCUCGGAAGAAGCCAAAAAACGUUAUGUGGAAAAAGUAAAAGAACUAUUUCCGCAAUGGUAUGAUGAUGUACAAAAAGGCGUUAAAUCUGACGGUGGAGGUGGUACUGGCUGGGUAGUACAUUCCAUUGAGUUACCUCCCGCCGAUAAUGAAGAAAAGCCAGAAGAAGACAAAACCAUAUUCGAUUUUGUUAAAGACCGUAAUUUUUCCAAAGUAGAACAACUACUUAACAAGAGAUUCAUAGCGUUUCUACAUACCGAAUCCGAACUAAUAAAACGCAGCUAUAAUGUUUUAAAGUAUUAUUUACCAAUUGAAAACGUUUCAUACUCACAUCUAUUUGGAACUAUAGAAAAGAAUCGUGAACGUUUAAACAUCUUGGAUUAUAUGAUAAAUCAAGGAUCCCUAGUCACAGCAUUGGAUAAUUUGUAUAAUGCUCAAAAAGAAAAACGGACAUUUAAUAAAGCCCAGGGAAUCGCCAAUGUGUCAAAUGUAAAUGCAAUGUCGAGCACAGAUCUUAACUAACUCUGAAAAAUAAUUACUAUUAUUUGACUUGUUA